AUGUGGAAGGCAAGAAUGAUAGAAAAUUACCGGCAAGAAUACAAUGAAAAAAUUAAUACUUCAUCCUACUCGAAAACCAGAACUAUGCCAGAAGCAUCCCGUGUAAGAUGUCAGAUGUACGAAGCAAAGCGUCGUAUAUAUGAUCUAAGUCACAUUUCACUUAAAUGCGCAGACCAAACGAUUCCCAACUGUUUAUUGAGAAAUUGUGUCGGUUUUGUCGGUGGGAUGUUGUUAACAUAUCUCUGCUUUAUAUUCUUUGUGUGCCAAUUGUCAAUAUCGCUAGUGCAUGCCAUUAUAAUGAGUUCUAUUAUUGGACUCCUACUAACACUUGGCCUGGCGUUCAGUAAUCGAAUAAGGUGUUUGGUGUUACUGCUAAUACCACAGCUGUUCUCGCGCAUUGGAAGGUACACUCUAACAUGUUACGCCUUAAUCCUAAUCCUGACGGGCCCCGCUACCAACACCCUCAGGAACUCGGAGGUUCUUACGGAAUCAAUGGCUUGCAGUCAGGAGCAAGUUAAAUCGCACGUGAGACAUUUGAGUGACUCUGUUCAUCAGCCUCUUAACGCAAUAAGAGACAGUGUUCACAUUAUGAUGGACCAGCUCGACCAGAUCAAUGAGAAAAUGAAGAUUAUCGUCAUGAGUAUUGAACGGAUGGUUGUUAGUAUUGCUGACGUCAUACAAUCUUCAUACUACUGGUUAUCUUCAGUAGUGAACUCCUGCAAUCAUAAACUUGGCACUCCGUACGAGCAUUGUAUGAAUAUCCUCAAUAAAGGACUAUCUGAUUGCAAAUCAGUACUUGGACCGAAGCUCUUCUGGCUGUGUAAUGUAACAAAAGUGGAAGCUGCUUGUUUGGCUGUAAAAUCUUACCAGAAAAUUUGUACUUUGGACGAGUUUGCAAAAGAAUUACAUGAUUUCACAAAUCAUAUCCAAAAAAUGUUCUACGUGCACAUUGAGGUUCAUCACAGAUAUACAGUCAGCAACGAAAGUCGCUCCGCAAGUCAAGUAGCUGCCGGUAUUGUCACUGAGAUAAGAAAUAAAGCGGAUCCCUUGAUCACUUGGCUCUCUUGGAGCUCCUGCGUCACAAGUCUCUUCUUACUGCUGAUUAUAUUCAGGGCAAAAUACUACCAGCACAUGUACGAAACUAGAUCAAGAUUUGACAACCGGUAUGUAACGAAGGAACUGUACGAGAUAGAUCUAAAGAGGUUUCAGGAGGGAAGAGACACGAUUUUGCCACUUAACAGAAGGGAAAAAACUAAAUAUAUUCCGACCACAUCUUUUCGUUUGAUAGCCUCCGAGAAAGUAUUCAUGACUCGUUCAGCAGUUUUCAUGGUGAUCACCACAUUCAAACUGAUGAUUCAUAUGAUCGCUGACUACAGCCUGUUUUGGGUCCUCACCACUAUACGGCAUCAUGGCAGACUGGAAGCUGUAUUGUCACCCGGUCCCUCGGAUGUUGGAGUAUCUUUAACAGGAUUAGGUUUUGGAUCAGAUAUAUUGAGAUCUAUAUUCAGCACACUGACUUUACCACUACGAUCUCCAUCAUCUCCUGCUUCAUGCCUUCCGGACCCACGACCACCCGACUUCAAACGAUACACGCAAAUUGGUGUCAUCAUAGUGAUAUUAUGGCUGCUAGCGUUAUUUGAGCCAUAUGGUCUCCGUCUGCGACACGUGAUUAUGGGUCAUCAUAGACCAGAGCGUGCUAAGGCGAGGGCCUCCUGGCUUUACAAUCACAUCUUGAGGACAAGAGGCAGCUUCAUGAAGCUGGCGAGACGAAAGCUUCAUCGCGAGUACAAAUAUCAUAGCGAAGAACAUCUCACUUUUCGGCAUUGGAUGGAUUCACAUUUAUCAUUCUAUUUUCUGCGAUAUGUGUUUGGGACGCUACCGAAACCACCGCACUGCCUUCUCUGUGAAACUAUGGAAAAACAUAAGGAUAUUGACACUCACUUGACGAGAUGCGAAAGCCAAAGUUGUCCAGGUGUGUUCUGCAGGAGUUGUUUCGCAGACAUUGGUCAGCUCUGCACUAUUUGUUUGUCACCUGCAGACUAUGGAGAUUAUAGUGAUAUCAGCUUAGAGAAAGGUUCAGACGAUGAAAGUGAUGGAAAUAAUGAUACAAAUGAAUGUAAAGAAGACUCCAGCAAGGGAUAUAUCCAAAUACAAUUGGCAAAAAAGUAUAAUCGAGAUUAUAAAAAUUACGACCGAAAAUACAAAGAUAAUAGACGCGUUUACAAUACAAAUUUCGUAGGUUAUUCAGAAAAAUCUCCUCUAUUGCCUAAUAUGAAAGACAUAAAUAACCAGAAAUCACAGACAUUUAAUACAUACAUGAUGUCUAAUAAUUAUUCAAGGAAUGUUCAACAAAAUUGUUUACAAAAAUUAAGCAGCCACAAAAGAAUUCGGCAAAGAAACACUAAAAGCUUACACAAUUUUAAAAAUAUAUCUCUAGUAUUCAGAAAAUUUAAAAAUAGUAGAUUUUUGAAGCCGAGAAGAAAGUAUUACAUUAUACGAAGAAUAUCUUGGAAGUCGAAAACAAAACUUAUGCCGCGAGUUUAUGCAAUAAUUUGGAAGUAUUGCUUUAAGUCCGGGCAUUUGUGCAUUUGCUUAACUUCAAAAUCAAAUAUUACAAGGGAAAAACAAAUCCGUAAAAAAGGUUUGGUAAUAAAUCGCCAGAAUAUUUUUCAGGCAGCUAACGAGUUUAAUAAAUUAUGUCCGAAAAAUCUUGAACUAGGAAAUGUUUCUGUAAAAGAUUCUGAGAAGAACACUAGUAAAAAUAAGCCUGAAGAGCAUAACAAAAAUAGUAAAAAGAUGAAAGAUGGAAAAAUUAUAGAUUAUAGACAGAUUGAAAACAAAAAGCGAUCCCUCUACGCUAAAACAAUUUGCAUAGCUUUUGCAACUUGCUUAAAACUGAACCGUUAUCGAAGUGAUGAAGUUAAUGAAGGUAUUCAACGAGAUCGUUUGGCCAAAAAGGAAGCUCAAAACUUUAAGAAACGCAAAAAGAAAAUUAAUGAAGAAUUAAAGCAACAAAAUGAAAGUUCCAGAGAUUAUAGGAUAUCAGCUUAUUUACAGGAUCAAAGUUGGGUGAAGGGGAUUCUUCGAAAGGACUCCUUAAAGGAUAGAAUAAAAAAGGACUGUGCGUUGAACCAGCUGGCGAGAUGUCGGCUCUAUGCAGCGACAAAUAAGACUAGAGAAACAGAGUUAUUGAAAGUAAUAAAGGAUACGAUAAACAUACAACCAAAGAGGUGUUGUUGCCCUCAUGGUGAUUGUAUUUGUCAAGUCAGUAAGCCCCAAGACACUCCUAAAGCCUCUAAGCAGGGACUGAUAAAAAUUUCAUCAGAACCCAAAAUAAAACCUAAAUGUUGUAAAUACAAAAAUUCUCAAGCAAAACAGGGCAAAGUCGAAUCAAGUCCCAAGUCAAAUAAAAUGAAAAUUCUAAAGUUCUGUCGAGGCAAAAAAUUCUGUUGCAAAGUCCAAAAUAUGCAAAGGGAGGAAGAAACUUCGAGUUCCGUCUGGAGAGGGAGUGACUUGAUUGAAGUUCACGAUUACGACGAUGAACAUAAAUUAGCCAAACCAGAAUCGAAGCUGGAAGCACAAACUAACAGUCCCAAGAGACUGGAUUUCUUCCGCUCCAUCGGAAACGAGUUCAAUACUAUUGGGGAAUGCCUUUCCAGUGAGAAAUGUGGCGAUUACAAGCAAUCGAACUCUGAUACCACGGGCACAUCACAUAGGACUAUGGCUCAGAAAGAAAAAACUACCAAAUGCCUCACAAUUAAGGACCUGAAAUUAAUUUUAUCAGAUCACUUCUUACAUUUGAGAAUAAAAAAUCCGGCUCCAUUAAUGAAAGAUAUUUACACUCACAUAGCGCAACUCACAGAUUUAAAGAAAAAUAAAAAUCAAGCAAAAAGUAAAAAGGUUAAUAAAGAAGGAACUGCAGAAAAGGGUACAACGGUACUGCCAAUUCUACAAACGCGUUCAUGUCAAUGUGUUGACAAUACGUUAGUCCAAGACCGUGGUACCCAAAUGCGAUGGAAAAGCCAGCCAACCACAUCUCCAGUGAGAUUAAAAUCUGCUUCGAAGAAACCAGAAGACUGUACAACGACUAAAGGCAAAUGUUCGUGUGCGACACAGUACAGAUACAUUGGGGACAACAAAGCUUGCAACUCUACGAUGAAGUCCAAAUCAGGAUUUACGGAUCUAAAUUCAAAUACCAAUGAAGAUACCAACUCUGACACAUGUCUUUGUAGAAGCUUUAGUUCUGUGUUUAGUGACGAAACAAGAACUGACACAACAAUCUGCAGCCGCUUAGAAGUUGACUAUAUCGAAGAAAAACCAAGGAAGACUACCAUCAGACACGUAAAGAAAAUCAAAGUUAACGUCACAACUAAGACCAACCAGGGCACAAGUACAGACAAAACUAGACUCUGUGACGUCAGCACUCUAACAGAAGACUGGUGGAGCCCCUUGAAUGAACGGAAGCCUAUGAAAAAGAAAAGAGAAGAGGCUGGUGACUUUAAACAUAGGAAGAAGAAUAAAGGCGUUACUACUGAUCGGCGGUUUGUCAAGUUCCUGAGUCGCGCACAAAUUAUACCUAAUGACACCUGUGAUAUAUUGUCACCGUCUAGAUAUCUUUUGGAGUCCCAGAAAUAUUACAAUGAAUUGUUUUCGUCGAAGCUGUUUACACCUCAUGUCUUCGUGGCUCUCAACACAAAGGGAAAGGAAAGUGAAAAAUAUAUUGCGAAACGAAACAGCGUGCCUAAAAGUCGAAAAAUGAAACGACUUGAUGAGUCAGCUCGGCCAAAGGGAAAUAAAGGGUUAGGGAGGACACAAUCUGAUGAAACUCCACGUUCUCGAGGGACCUGCUCUACCUAA